AUGGACGCGCGACUGUGCGGUUCCAGGCGCAGCUUCCGGUGCGCGGCGCUGGCGGCGAGGCGCCGGGCGCCACAGUCCAAGCGCAGGCAGCCCAAUGAACUUCUUCACGGUGUGCCGGAGUGUGCCGGAAGCCGCGCGCUCGCUGCUGGGCUGCAAGCCCUCGCCGCUGGAAGGAAGCACCGGGCCGCGGCGCUCUUCCUGCGCGCAGAGCGCGUGGCGCAGGACCAGGCGCUGCGCGCUGCGGCGCGGCGGUCCGUGGACACGGCCGCCAUCGAGGUGCCAAGUCCAGCAAGGCGCGAGGGCUCGCUGCUGAUGCGCGAGGUGGCCCAGGGCGGCCGCGCAAGCGCGGCGCGCGCCUUCGAGGAGGUGGGUGCACCGGCGGCUGAUGCCACCGGCCGCUUUGAGCCCUGGCUGGUGGGUGGCGAGGUGCCUCGCGUUGACUGCCAAACUCCGGAGGGCUUUCAACGAGCCCUGGGUUAUGUGGCGCGGCGUGUCCCGGUGGUGAUGCUCAACCUGGACCUCAUGCCUGCAUCGAAGCGAUGGGAUGUGGAAUAUUUGCGCUCUCACACCAACGAGUGGCCAGGCAUGAACGUGCUGAGAUCUGGUGGGGAGAACCGGUACCUCUACUAUGUACCGGAGCAGGCGGACCGCGACAUGUCGGCCUUCCAGCAUGCCCCGCGCCGCGCCAGUGCCGACCUGCGGCUCUCCUUCGAGAACUUUUUGGCGGCCGCCCAGCAGGAUCCACAAGGCCGCUACUACCUGCAAGCGCCGCUGGUGCUGCGCCAGGCGGACGGCCGGGGCCUGCGGGAGACGUGGAGCCCCGGCAUCGGCGCGGAGCUGCGCGCCGACUGCGAGUCCCGCGUGGAUCGCCGGCGUUUGGAGCAGUUGCAGGACGGCGCGGCUGACGGGUGUCACUCAGCCAGCGACAUGGAGGAGCCCCCAGCGGAGUUCUUGCAGGACAUCUCGAAGUGGACGAGCGGCGGACCUUCGGAGGAUGUCUCGGAUGAGGAGAUUCAGUGGAUGCUGUCGCGGCGCCCGCUCACUGCUGUGACGGUGCAGCAGCUUGCCCACGACUACGGCGAAGCCGAGGCGCAGGCCAUGUGGAAGGCGCUGGCGGCUUGCGGCCUGGAGCGGCUGCGGCCCACGCUGCGCUGGCCCGGCGUGGGCACCCGCUGGCGGCGCUUCGUUCGCUGGGCGCAGGAGAUGGACCCGGCGCCGGACACUCCAGAGAAGGCGCUGGCAGGCUUCGCGCGGGCACUGGGGCGGGUGACCACGUACCGCGCGUUGUCGCUGGACGCCUUAGGGCUGCGGCGGAUCGUGGAGGCUCAGGAGAUCUUCCCCCGGGGGCAGCUGGAGGUGAGCCCCGAGCGGCUCACGCAGGUGGUGGAGGAGCACGGCGUCGCCAAGGUGGUGGUGGCGAGGCUCUACAUCGCCCACCUGAAGCGGCUUAUCGGCUACGACCCCUCGGUGUCCUUGCACGAUGACUGGCAGACCACCUCCUGCAUUGCCUCAGGGUACACGGGCUCGGACAAGAAGGUGCACCUCUUCGAAGUCUCCGUGCCGGUGGUGGAGAGCUGCGGCCUGCGGCUGUCGGAGGUGGAGGUCUAUGCCCCACCGCUGCUGGGGCCACGCUAUGGGCCCUCCAAGGAGGGCUGGUUCUGCUUCCAGGCCCCCGCCUUCCCGGCGGGCGUCUACUUCGACCGCACGGUGCAGCGCACGGAGCGCUACGGGCUCUACUCGGUGCCCUUCCUGCCGCAGCGGCUGCUGCGGAUGUGGCGCUUCCCCUCCGCGGCGGCGGUGGGGGAGGCGAUCGCGGCCUUCGCGCAGCGCCAGGAGGAGAUGCAGCGGCGGUGCCCCCAGGCUUGGAGCCUCCCAGAGACGGAGACUUCAAAUGCCCAGUGCCUUGUACAGCCGCCGGAGGCUUUGGCUUCUGGUCGCGCUCGCAGCUGUUUGUGGGGCCUGGCCAAAGCCGCUGUGCUGAGUUUGGAUGGGGCCGCUAGGAAGGAAAGGUCCAAAGGCGGGCUCGCGCAGGUCGCAGGAGAGAAGCGCUUCCUCCUCUUCGACCCGGGCGCUGCCGAGGGGCGUGGGGCCGAGAGGCUGUACCCCUUCCCUGUGGCGCACCCCUACGACGAGUAUUCCAUGGUGGACCUCGAGCACAUCGACAGCCGCAGCUUCCCCAAGACCGCCAUGCUGCAAAAGCGCGGGGCCGUGGCCUGCCUCCGCGAGAACGAGGCGCUCUUCGUGCCAACGCACUGGUGGCACCACGUGCAGGGUGUUGCUCCUUCCAGCCAUGCCUGGAGUAUCAGCGUGAACUUCUGGUUCGCCAUCCACAGGGUGCUGCUGGAGGGUCCCCAUCCCUUCCCUCCACAUCUGGAGCUUGAGCUGGCGCGUCACUUGGAGCUCCUGCUGUCGGAUGUGGGCGGCAGCGCGUCGGUGGGGUCGCUGGCACGGGACCUCCUUCAGGACUCGCAAGAGGAGUUCGCCCAAGAUGAGGCCUUCCUCCCCCUGCGCAACUUCGUGCUGGACCGGCUCGCCACACUGCUGGGCCCGGAAAACGUGGCGGCCUUCCUGUCGCAGCACUUUCCGCCGGAGCGUUUCCAGCGGAGCGUCGUGGCACGGGCGCUGGGAGAACAAAAGAGAAGCGCGGCGGAGCCGCGGCCUGAAUGA